UGAACAUUCAAAUAUAUCUAUUAUGAUGGCACGUAUAUAUUUGCACAAAAUAUCAUAUUGUUAUAAAAAAAUAUUUUAUUUCAGAAACAAUACAAAUGGUAAUGAUAUUCAAGAUAUUUGAAUAUUUUUCAUUUAUUCAAGCACAUAUAUGAAAUCUAAAGACGGAGUGGAUACUUUGUAAUACCGGUUAUUUCGCUUUUUGUAAAAGCGACAUAAAUUUUGUGAAUAUUUAAUUCAUAAUGACUGCGUUAAGUGGUUUUAUGGAAUUUUUUCAAAAAGGAAAGACAUUUAGACCAAAAAAGAAAUUUGCUCAUGGAACUUUAAGAUAUUCUUUGCAUAAACAAGCACAAGCUUCAUUGAAUUCAGGAAUUAAUUUAAGAUCUGUUGUAAAAUUACCUCCUGGAGAAGAUUUGAAUGAUUGGAUAGCUGUUCAUGUGGUAGAUUUUUUUAAUAGAAUAAAUUUAAUAUAUGGUACUGUUUCUGAAUAUUGUGACUCUGCAUCUUGUCCAACAAUGAGUGGUGGAGCUCGUUUUGAAUAUUUAUGGGCAGAUGGUGAAAAAUAUAAAAAACCUACUGCAUUACCAGCACCACAAUAUGUUAGUCUUCUUAUGGAUUGGAUUGAAGCUCAAAUUAAUAAUGAAACCAUUUUUCCUGUGUCAACAGAUGUACCAUUUCCAAAAACUUUUGUCCUACUAUGUAGAAAAAUUUUGACACGUUUGUUCAGAGUUUUUGUCCAUGUUUAUAUACAUCAUUUUGAUCGUAUUGUAGCAAUAGGAGCAGAAGCACAUGUGAAUACAUGUUAUAAGCAUUUUUAUUAUUUUGUAACAGAAUUUGAAUUAAUAAAUACAAAAGAAUUAGAACCAUUAGCUGAAAUGACAGCUAAGGUUUGUAAAGAUACUGCAUCACCAACACAAACAACGGCACCAUCAAAUAAUGUCAGAUAGUGAUGAACUUAAUAAAUAUGUAAAGUCAUAAUCAAAUUAGAACGAGAUAAAUUUUUUCUAAUGUAAGUAAAAAAUCUGAGAAAUUUUUAAUUUAUUUGUUUUCGAAAAUAUUAUAAAAUUUUAUAUUUAGGAUGCCACAGAAUGCCACUUUUAUUACUAUUUACAAAAUUGAAGAAUUUCAUCAAGUGCUUUAUUGUGUACAGUGCUUCUAAUCUUCUAUUGAGGAUAAUUUAUUAAUAUAAUUAUCUCUUUUUAGUUAGUUAUAAAUGUUAAUAUAUUAAAUAUAUAACAAAUUAUACAAUUAAAUUUUAAAAAUUCAUCCUUUUUAUGGAUAAAUAGAUACAGCAAUAAAUUGUAUUUACAUUUAUAUGCUUUGAAAACAAUUUGUGUAUAAAUUAAUAUUUUUAUUCAAGUAAUUUUAUAUGUCAAGUUUUAUAAAGAGAAUUUAAAUAUUAUUUAUAAUAUUAUUUCAUAAAAAUAUAUAAUUGUACAUAUAAUUUUGCAUUAUUAAGAUGCUUAUGUAAUAUCCUUAUAUAAUGUAUUAAGAAUUAAAAACAUUUUUUAUGAAAUUAAAUAAUACUGUAUUCAUAAUAGAAAUAUAACAUCAUACAGUAUAAAAAAAGUACAAAUUUAAAAAAUAAUAAAACAUAAUAAAUUAAUUUCCAUCAUAAAAA